AUGCAUCACCGAGAUGGUGCCAGCGACGAGCUCUUCGCCGCCGCGCCUGACAAGAGCGUCUGGCGCCAGCUGCGCGAGAACCCGUACAUCCUGGGAUUGGCAUCGUUCGCGUCGCUGGGCGGCUUUCUCUUCGGGUACGACCAGGGCGUCGUGUCGGGGGUGCUGACCAUGGAGUCGUUCGCGGCCAAGUUCCCGCGCAUCUACCUGGACACCAGCUUCAAGGGCUGGUUCGUGUCGACGCUGCUGCUGUUCGCCUGGCUCGGCUCGCUCGUCAACGGCCCCGUCGCCGACGGCGUGGGCCGCAAGGGCUCCAUGCUCGUCGCCGUCGUCAUCUUCACCCUGGGCUCCGCCCUGCAGGCCGGCGCCGACUCGCUCGCCAUGAUCUUUGCAGGCCGCGCCAUUGCCGGCCUCGCCGUCGGCAUGCUCACCAUGAUUGUGCCCAUGUACAUGUCCGAAGUGUCGACCCCGGCCGUGCGCGGCACCCUGGUCGUGUUGCAGCAACUCAGCAUCACCCUGGGCAUCCUGAUCAGCUACUGGCUGGAGUACGGCACGCAGUUCAUCGGAGGCGCGCGCUGUGACCCGGCCAUAGCCUACACCGCAGGCUCCGCCGCCGCACCCGAGUUCGACCCGGUCGCGGACGUCGGCCCAGGCGGCUGCACCGGCCAGAGCGACGCAUCGUGGCGGCUCCCGCUGGCGCUGCAGAUCGUGCCCGCCGUGGUGCUCGGGCUGGGCAUGCUGUUCUACCCCGAAUCGCCCCGCUACUGCCUCAUGCGCGACGACGAAGACGGCGCGCUGUCGGCCCUCGCCCGCAUCCGCCGCGCCCACAUCGACUCGGACUCGCUGUGCCGCGAGUACCUGGCCAUCAAGGCCGAGGUCCUCUUCGAACAGUCGUACGCGCGGGACAACCACCCGGGCAAGUCGGGCCUGUCACUCUACCUGGCCCAGUACGCCGCCCUGGUCGCCAGCUGGCCGUCUUUCAAGCGCCUCGCAGUCGGCUGCUGCGUCAUGUUCUUUCAGCAGGCAAUCGGCUGCAACGCCAUCAUCUACUACGCUCCGACCAUCUUCGCGCAGCUCGGGCUGUCGAGCAAGACGACGUCGCUCCUCGCGACGGGCGUCUACGGCGUCGUCAACACGCUCUCGACGCUGCCGGCGCUCUUCCUCAUCGACCGGGUGGGGCGGCGGCCGCUGCUCAUGAGCGGGGCGUUCGGGACGUGCGUGUCGCUCGUCGUCGUGGCGGGCAUCGUGGGCGGGUACGGGUCGUCGCUGGCGGCGCACCCGGCGGCGGGGUGGACGGGCAUCGCCUUCGUCUACAUGUACGACGUCAACUUCUCCUACUCGUUCGGCCCCAUCGGCUGGGUGCUGCCCGCCGAGAUCUUCCCGCUCGGCAGCCGGUCCAAGGCCAUGUCCGUCACGACGUCGGCCACGUGGAUGUGCAACUUCGUCGUCGGCCUCGUCACGCCCGGCAUGCUCGACGUGCUCGGCUACGGCACCUACGUCUUCUUCGCCGCCUUCGCCGCCCUCGCCCUCGCCUUCACCUUCUUCUGCGUGCCCGAGACAAAGGGCCGCAGCCUCGAGGACAUGGACGUCGUCUUCGGCGACGCCGCCGCCCACGAGGAAAAGGCCCGCCUGUUCGCCAUCGCCGCCGAGCUGGGCAUCGUCGUCGAAGAGGCCGCCGCCGAGUCGGGCAAGGCCGCCGCGACGACCAAGCGCAUCGUCGAAGAGGGUGGAGCCUAG